UCUCUGGAGAAAAACUGCUGAUGGCCAAGCCUGCCUGCUUGUGUGCCUUGCUGCUGUGACAGAUCUGCUGGCUCCAGGCAGAAGCAUCCAGGCCCAGGCUGGCAUUGCAUGCAUUGUUUCAGCCAUUUCAUCAGAACUAGAGGUCUCAACCCCAGGGAGGCAGGAUAUAAAUUCUCCCACCCACGCUUUCCAUAGGACAAGGCUGUACCUGGUCAUGAAUGUCCUGGCCCUGCUGCUCUUUCUGGGCUGGCUCUUGCCAGCCCACGGGGUGCCAUUCACUGGGCACCUGACUUUGGGUGAGUCCCUGUGUCUCUAUGGGUUGGUAGUAAAGCUCAGGUUCCCCUAAGUGGUGAUUGAAAAGAGGCAGCCAGGGACUCGGCCAGGCCAUUCUGACAUAAAGGAGCGAUCUACUAAGUUGGAAGCUGUUCCUGACAGCCCACAGAGAAGAGGAGAGGAGAGUAGAAAAGGUGGAGAAGUGGCAGGCAGGGAACAGGGGCAGGGAUCUGGCCAGGAACCACUCCAGAGUCCCACGGUGAGGGAAAGGUGAGGGAGCUGGGAGUCUGGGAGGAUGGGUUCCUAGAGGACUGCAAAUUAUGCCUGUUGCUAUUUCAUCCUGAACUCCAUUACUACCAUGAAGCAAUAAUCUCAAGUGUUCCCUCACUCCUUGGAGCCUUGAUGACAUGGGCACUGGGAAAGGAGUUCUUCCCGCUUGGGACACUGAGACCACCUGCCCUCCUCCUUCCAGACUGGCCCCAGGACUGUGGUAUGGCUCCACUCCAUCAUUCCAGCUCUGCUGAGAGGAUCAUCCAGGGCAGGGAGGCCAUACCUCAUUCAUGGCCUUGGCAAGUAUCCUUGCAGGUACAGUCUGUUUCCUGGGACACUCUGGUGCCAAGGAAGAGUUACGGGAACAGGGUACAAGGCUUUGGAUAGGGUGCUUUCCCAGGGGCUGCCCACAAGAAGGGCUUUGUUAUGUUCUCCCAGUUCCCCUUAACCCUGGUCCACGUCAUCUUCUAUUCAUUCAUUAAUGAGCAAUGUGUUGAGUUGGUCAUUUGAAGGUGUGAUCAGGCUACCUCCCUGACCUCACAAAAGCUGUAUGGGCACUUCAUGUCUUUUGUGUCCUUGACACAAUUAUGAACUUUAAUUCUGUGAGCUUAGAUUCAUAGUAAAAGUGUACAAUUUUGGUAUUUGGAAAAAGGAAGACUACUCAAUUUCAACUACUGGGUAUCUGUUGAAAUCUCUUACUUGCCCAGUUUUUAUGAGGACACUGAUGACUUAAUAUAAAUCAAGAAGAGGAAAAUUCAAAUUUACCUAAAAGAUAGGUUUAAGGAAGGACACUAUGCAUUGCAAAGGAGCUCACUGCAGGCUUUCUUAUCAAAUAAAAUAAAAAAACUGAAGUCAAUUAAAAAUAAAAACGAAGAUUCAUAAGUAGUAUCAAGAUUUGUUUUUUGGAAAACAUGUAUUUGGAUAAUUGAGGUAUUACUAUGGGCCAGAGGUCAUAGAAAGUGACAUAGUGUGUUUAGAUAGAAUUUGAUGCACAACUAUUCACAUAUAUUCUCUUUAAAUUUACUUAGAGUUCUUUUAUUUUCUCCUUUCCUUCUCUCUUCCAUUUUUUCCUUUCCUCCCCCCUCUCCUCAGGUAGCUAUCUUCUCUCCAUAACACAUACCUUCACGUCUCUGUGAGACAUUAUUGGCCAAGGGGAGGAAAGCUCUUUGACUCUUGACCCACAAAAUAUUUCAGCACUCUAGGAAAAGUGUUUUAUGCUGGCUCAAACAUGUUGGGGGCAUCUUCUCUCCUCUCCUUACUUUCAGGCUCGAGUCCAAGGGAGCCACAGAUUUGUUCAUGUCUGUGGGGGAACCCUGAUCCAUCCCAGCUGGGUCCUUACUGCAGCUCACUGCUUUUCCGGGGGGAAGAUGGAUGAUGUUGCCAACUGGCGCAUUGUGUUGGGCAAACACCGGCUCAACGAAACAGAGACCACGCAGAAAGUACACCACGUGAAACGGAUAUACCGGCACGAGCACUUCCACUAUCCACACCUGGACCAGCUGAACAAUGAUAUUGCCCUGGUCCGGCCUGUGCAGGACAUCCCCAGCAGUCCCUAUGUGCACUAUGCCUGUCUACCUGCCUCCGGAGGCCAGGACCCCAGGCCUGGCCAGCUCUGCUGGGUCACUGGCUGGGGAGGGACCCGAGGUGGAGAGGAGAACUCGACUUUGUCUAAUGUUCUGAACCAAGCCCAGAUGCCUGUCAUGGAUUUCACUACCUGUCAACAGGAAAAGGUCUGGGGAGAUAGAGUAAGCCCAACUAUGUUAUGUGUGGGCUUCCAAGAUCUCCAGGAGGCUCCUGCUGCAUGCCAGGUGCGGAGGUAGCAGAGAAGCAGAGACAUCUUUUCAGACCUCAUAGUGGUACCCGAUUUCACUUCUUCCAAAUUCUGAGCAUAGGGGAAUAAAUACCUGAAAGAUGUUUCAUUCUCCACUUACAGUCCAGCAACUCUCUACCAAGAGCUAGGAGGCAUUUUCCCCUCAAAGUACUCUGAAAUCAUGAGCAGUCAUUAUAUUAAUCAGAGGUCUGAUAUUUUCCAAUAUUGUUUACUUUAUUGUGCUCAUUAUGAAAACAUUCAUCUGGUUCUACUUACUUUAUCACAUCUUCUCUUUAAAAAAUAGGAUUCCGUAUAUCAAAAUUCAGCCCACAUCCAACUUUUCUGGGAACAAGUAGGUUCACUUAUAUUAUUAUUGGGCUUUGCUCUAACAGAAUUUUUUCUAAGAUUAUGGGAAACAGAAUGC